UCCCAGACGUCCUUGCAAGGUCGCUUCGUAGAACGAGGGCGCGCGCGAGUGACAAGUCCCUUGUCCGGGGGCGCGCCGUGUCCUUCUGCCUCGGUACUAGCGGCGGCAUGUCGGGGUACACGCCCGACGAGAAACUGCGCCUGAAGCAGCUGCGAGAGCUGAGGAGGAGAUGGCUGAAGGACCAGGAGCUGAGCUCGCGGGAGCCGGUGCUGCCCCCGAAGAGGAUGUGGCCUAUGGAAGCGUUCUGGAAUAGUUUUUUGAAGGACCAGGCCCCCUGGAAGAAUGUGAUCUAUAAGACUUACCGACACAGUAUCUUUGCUUUUACUCAUGUACUUAUACCUGCCUGGAUUAUUCAUUAUUAUCUCAAAUAUCAUGUGAAUACAAAACCAUAUGCCAUUGUUGAAAGGAAGCCCAGAAUAUUCCCAGGUGAUACAAUUCUGGAGACUGGAGAAGUAAUUCCACCAAUGAAAAAAUUUCCUGACCAACAUCAUUGAAGAGUGCUGAAUAAUUUCAAAGGCUUAACAAGCCCAAGUUUGUUGCUGUAUCGUAUCUACUAAAUACAUAUCUGGAAAUGUAACUUAAUAAAGUUUACUCUUAUAUGUAUGCUGUCUGUUUAUUCACAAACAUUGUACAAUUUGAGAUUCUGAAUUAUUUAACUAUUAAGUAAAACCUGGACAUGUUAAAAAAAAAGGUAUCAGCUACUUUUCUGGUCACUCUUGACUAGUUAAACAAGAUGUAGAAGAGCAGUCAUGAUGGAUUUCUUUCUUAUACAGUACUUAACUCUGGUCUGAUGUGAAGGUACCCAGGGAAUGAAAUGUAGCAGUAUACAAAUAGAACAGAAAUUCCACACACCUGUUUUAAAGAAAGCUGUGGAAUUUUUAAAAAGCAUUUUAGAAACUCUAGGAUCGAAAAGCAUGUUAUUCUAUCCAUGACUUGAUACUCAAAGGUCGUGGAACUAGGUUGCUGGCUUCUGUUUUGAGAAUGCAAAAGACAACUUCACGUGUUUGAAAAAACGAGUGCAUUCGUGGCUAUUACAAAAGAUUGUAUGCAAAAAUAAAUUUGGAAACGCUGUAUUAUGCAUUUUACUUUUAAAUGUAAUAGAUGUCAGGUAAGCAUGAGAUAAUGAACUGUAUUUACAAAGAAUUACAAGUUUUCACUCA